CUUGUUUUGAUGAUCCCACUCGGGUGUACCUGGGUUGAGCACUGGCUCGUUGUACAUGAUAAUUAAACCAGCAAGACAACCACAGUAAACAUAACACUAGAUACUUUGUACCGUCUACAUCCAAAGUACCUAGCCAUCUCUCCCCCUUACCCCCCUGGGACCAGAGUUACAAUAUCAUCUCAUCAACAAUACCAACCAGGUAGGUAUCCGUACUAAUGGUCCAAUGCCACUGCAAUGCAUUGAAGAGAAAGGGACCCCACAAACUAAUUUUGUCUUCUCUGCGCCCAUUCGCCCACCAUCAGAUGGCGCCUCUGAUCUUUCUCUCUCUCAAGCUUGAUGCAAUGCGCCCAGGAAGUUCAGGUCCAGGAACCUUUGGUGCUUCUUCUUUGCCUGCGACAUCGCUGUGCCGAUCAGCGCCCCUCCCCUCAAAGCUUAACUCUGACGGGCCACCACUGCAAUUAUAAUCACCACCAAAAUGUAUCAAGCUUGGCUUGGGGCCGAGACUUUUAAUUCCAG